AAAUCAGGAACAGAAUUGAAAAGCAGAGUAGAAGCACGCAAGUGAUAGAAGUCGAAAGAAUACGAAUACAAUCAUUGAAAAUGGCUGAUGAAACCCCCGACAUUCCUCUUCUUACUCCUUACAAGAUGGGGAAGUUCAGUCUAUCCCAUAGGGUAGUUUUGGCACCAUUGACCAGAAGCAGAUCUUUUGGCAAUGUUCCUCAGCCACAUGCUAUCUUGUACUAUUCUCAGAGAACCUCCAAAGGGGGCCUUCUAAUUGCUGAAGCCACUGGAGUUUCCAACACUGCUCAGGGGUACCCAGAAACACCUGGUAUAUGGACGAAAGAGCAAGUUGAAGCAUGGAAACCCAUCGUUGAUGCUGUUCAUGCCAAAGGUGGAAUCUUCUUUUGUCAAAUUUGGCACGUGGGGAGGCUUUCAAAUCGAGAUUUUCAGCCAAAUGGACAAGCUCCAAUUUCUUCUACUGACAAGCCUUUGAGUCCACAACUUCAAUCAAGUGCAAUUGAUGUUGCACAUUUGACUCCCUCAAGGCGGCUAAGGACUGAUGAGAUUCCUCAAAUUGUUGAUGAUUUUAGGCUUGCCGCAAAGAAUGCUAUUGAAGCUGGUUUUGACGGAGUCGAGAUCCAUGGGGCUCAUGGUUACCUAAUUGACCAGUUCACGAAAGAUCAAGUGAAUGAUCGAACCGACCAAUAUGGCGGAUCCCUUGAAAAUCGUUUUCGAUUUGCUUUGGAAAUAGUGGAAGCUGUUGCCAAUGAGAUAGGAGCAGAUAAGGUUGGAAUAAAGUUAGAUCCUUUUGGAGACUAUAUGGAAUCUGGAGACUCAAAUCCAGAAGCAUUGGGUCUUUACAUGGCUGAAUCCUUAAACAAAUAUGGAAUUCUUUAUUGCCACAUGGUUGAGCCAAGAAUUAACCCGGCUUUAGAAAAACGUGAAACUCCCCAUAGUCUUCUUCCAAUGAGAAAGGCUUUUAGGGGUACUUUUCUUGUCGUUGGGGGUUAUGACAGGGAAGAAGGGAAUAAUGCGAUUGCUGAAAACCGUGCAGAUCUUGUUGUCUACGGUCGUCAGUUUUUGGCCAAUCCAGAUUUGCCUCGGAGAUUUAAGCUUAAUGCUCCUCUCAACAAAUACAACAGAGAUACAUUCUAUACCCCAGAUCCGGUUGUUGGUUAUACUGAUUAUCCAUUUCUUGAGGACACUUCCUAGAUUUGUAAAAUCCUUUGUGUUUCUGUUUUUGGUCGACUUUAAUUUUCUACUGGACGUGUGACGAAAACAUAUACAUAGAUUUUAAUAAUCCAGAAGGCAUAAGGGUCACACGCUCAUCGGUGCUGAUCUGCAAACAUGCUUGACUAGCAAGUUGUUUGAAAUGUAGUUUGGCAAUGACAAGGAAUGAUUGUUUUAG